UUAACAGAUGUCGCGAGAUUUCUGCAAAUUAUUACAAAAAUAGUCUUCAACUUCGUUUGUUGUCAUUGCUGUCAGCAUUCAUUUUUCAGCAUUCAUUCAUUUAGUUUUACAAAAAUGGAGUGUAAACAGCGUUCUGCAACAAAAUCAAAAGGAGAUACAUUACAGAAUUGGAGCCCAUAUGCCAAAGAGUAUGAUCCUUUAAAGUCUGGCAGUAUCGAUGGAACAGAUACAGAGCCACACGAUAAAGCUAUUAGUCGUGCAAUACAAGCUCAUUAUGAACCACCUCAUGGGUUAAAAUCUAAACCUGAGAGAACCUUGUUCGUGGCUAGAUUUGGCCCAAAAAUUACAAAAUACGAUUUGAAAGAGUUUUUUUGCAGGUACGGAGAUGUUCUUUCUGCAAAAGUCAUAGUCGACGUUGUAACUGGCCUGUCCCAAGGUUAUGGAUUCGUAGAAAUGAGAAACGAAGACGAGGCUAGGAGAGCAAUUAGGCGUUGCGCGGAUACAACGCUGAAGGGUUACAAAAUUUUUGUCGAUCACGAGUGUGGUCGCACCAUGAAAGGCUGGAAACCAAGGAGACUUGGCGGUGGUUUCGGUGGGAAGAAAGAAUCAGGCCAGCUGAGGUUUGGUGGAACUGAUAGACCAUUCAAGAAACCAAUUGUACCCAAUAUUAUAAGGCAUAAUUGAUAUAAUUUUGUAUUUACAAAUAUUUAUUUUUAAGUUGAAUGUUUUCGGUUUUGUACGAUAAACAAUGAUUAAAUAAAACACUAUUAAAAUGCUUAAAAAA